CAAAGAGGGCGUGCCGUAGGCAACGGCGUGGGUUCGCCUGUGUGACACAAUUACAACAACUUUAAUCUGGUGGCAGACACAAGUUUGACAUUUUUUAUACAAAUUGAGAAUUUUUAAGUGUGUACGGAUUGCAACGCGCGCGCACGAAACACUGGCUUGGUGCAUUGCACGGUUUGUUCCUAAAAAUGUGAGAAAACGAGCCACUGGAGCGCUAACUCACUUCAUACGGGGCUUUGAAGCUGAAGCGCGUUUUUACUGGGAAAAGUUUCGGUUUAUUGUGGCUUUUGGACGCACGGAGCUCAACGCCUCUCGACUGUACGGUGCGAUUCCAUGAAAUCGUGCCGAGUGUCACUCGCCGUCGCUGCUGCUGCCGCUCGACGCCUCGGCGCUGCUGCUGGUGAUGAGGAGAAGAAAAUGGCGGCGGGAAAAGCGAGUGAACCCGAGGAGGACGCGCCGCGACUGAGCGCGCAGGAGCGCGACACUCUGGCCCGCAUCGACAGCUCUCUGUUCGGAUAUCAGCGGUUUCAUGAAGAUGGCGCCAGUAUGAAGGCCUUACUCAUAAAGGCUGUUCGCUGCUAUGAAUCUCUCAUCCUGAAAUCUGAAGGAAAGGUGGAUCCGGAGUUCUUCUGUCAGCUGGGUCACUUUAAUCUCUUACUGGAGGAAUAUACGAAAGCGUUAUCGGCGUACCAGCGGUACUACAGUUUACAAUCAGACUACUGGAAGAAUGCAGCCUUUUUGUACGGCCUUGGUAUGGUUUACUUUCAUUACAGUGCAUUUCAAUGGGCGAUAAAGGCAUUUCAGGAGGUGCUGUACAUCGACCCAAGCUUCUCUCGAGCUAAAGAGAUUCACCUGCGUCUCGGGCUCAUGUUCAAAGUUAACACCGACUAUGAGUCCAGCUUAAAGCACUUUCAACUGGCACUCAUAGAUACCAACCGCUGCACUUUAUCCAAAGCUGAGAUCCAGUUUCACAUCGCCCAUUUAUAUGAGAUUCAGAAGCGAUACCGUGCGGCUAAAGAGGCAUAUGAGAGUCUCUUACAAACAGACAAUUUACCUGCCCAGGUGAAGGCUGCUACCUUACAACAGCUUGGCUGGAUGCAUCAUACAGUAGAGCAGCUGGGUGAUAAAGCUAAUAAAGACAGUUACGCUAUUCAGUGUCUCCAGAAAUCCUUGGAAGCAGAUCCAAACUCGGGCCAGUCCUGGUAUUUUCUGGGCAGGUGCUAUUCCAGUAUUGGGAAGGUCCAGGAUGCCUUCAUCUCAUACAGACAGUCCAUCGACAAAUCAGAGGCCAGCGCAGACACGUGGUGCUCUAUAGGCGUGUUGUAUCAGCAACAGAAUCAGCCCAUGGAUGCGCUGCAGGCGUACAUAUGCGCUGUGCAAUUGGAUCACAGUCACGCUGCAGCCUGGAUGGAUCUGGGCACGCUCUACGAGUCCUGUAACCAGCCCCAGGACGCCAUCAAGUGCUACAUCAACGCAACACGCAGCAAAGUCUGCACCAACGGCGCCGCGCUCGCGGCCCGCAUCAAAUACCUGCAGGCUCAAUUCUGUAACCUUCAGCACAAUAGUCUACAGAGUAAAAGUAAAAUGCUUCCUAGUAUUGAGGAAGCCUGGAGCCUCCCAAUCCCAGCAGAGCUAACGUCCAGACAGGGUGUCCAGAGCACAGGCCAGCAGGCAUGUAAACCUAACCCUGGGUCAUCAGGGGGGGCUCAUGGCUCUGGACAGUCACUGCCCCCCCAUGUGAGUCUGGAUCAGGGUAACGAUCAGUCCAACCCAGCCAAGAAGAAGAGGACCGAUAGCCCUUCUAAGAUCUCAGACUCUUGGAGCAACAAUCCAGCACAGCCACAAACUCCAAACUGGUACCUGUCCCCUCAGAAGCUUCAGUUGCUGGAGCAGUUGCGGGAAAACCGGGGCAGUCUAAAGGCCGCUCAGCUGCAGGUUCUGGAGCAGAUGGAGGCACAGCUGUCGGCCAUGAACCUCCACCAGCAGCAGCAGAUGAGACAAAACACUUCUGGGCAGAUACGAACCACCGUCCCCAAUGGGCCCUCAGCAAAUUCAUCACUCCCUGCCCACCCAGCUCCUCGCAGUCCGGCCGUGCGACCACCCUGCAUAGCUCAAUCGCUGACCAACGGUCCCAUUCCACCCGGCCCCCAACCCCCUUCAGUCGGCAAUAAUCACAUCGCAGCAGGACCCAGAGCUAACGGAGACGUGCCUUACCUGCAUCCCAACGCACUACCUCACAAUUGCACAAGCCCGAAAGACGCGUGGAAGAGUCAGCACCUAAACUCCACUCAGGGGCUUCAGAAAGGUCCAGGUUCGCAUUGGGCGGGUCCUAAUGGAGACCGGACUCUCUCUUCCAGCGCUUCUACCGACGGCGGCCCUCACAAUCAGGUUGGACAUUCCGCCACAACCCCCAACGAUCCCUCGGAGCCAGCUGUCAAUCAUCUGUCCUCCCCCUCCCCUUGCUCCACGUCGUCACCCGCUUCCUCAUCCUCGCACACGGCUACCUCAGGCGUGCCACCCAGCACCCCCCUGACCAAAGAGAGCGCCACCCCGCAGGGCAACGGUUCCACUGCCACCAACCAUCACAGUCCGGGCCGCACACCCACUUCCACGUCCGGCUCGCCGGCUGCCCAUUCCAGAGACAAUCCGCAACUCUCCACUCUUCUCGGAGGCAAAGAGAUUCCUGCCGCAGGCUCCAAGGUUAACCACGUCCACCCGGCCACCUCGCUGACUGCCCCGAGCGGUUCUGCCGCUUCUUCUCCCGCCUCUGCGCUGUCCACGACGUCCCCCUCGCCCGCCUCAGUUGAGCCUACAGCUGGCCUUAAUAACCCGAGGUCUGCCGUGGCCGGGCCGCCUCCCGACGUCACGGUUAACGGAAGCGGAGGAGUUUGUUCGGAAGACUCUCGAAGCCCGUUAAAAGCGGAGCCGCCAGAGCUCUGCGUUAAAGCAGCCACACCUCACAACCCUCCCCACUCCUCAUCUACGGUCUCGAUUUACCCGACGUCCACAGACGUCCUGAAGGCCUGCAGGAGUCUUGGGAAGAAUGGUCUGUCGAGCAGCAGUAUCCUGUUAAACAAAUGCCCACCGCCACGCCUCCCUCCACCUCCUUCACCCAUUCUGGCUAAAGACAAACUCAAUCCACCCACACCGAGUAUUUAUCUGGAGAAUAAGAGAGACGCGUUCUUCCCUCCACUGCACCAGUUCUGCACCAACCCGUCUAACCCGGUCACUGUCAUACGCGGCCUGGCAGGAGCUCUCAAACUAGACCUGGGCUUGUUUUCCACUAAAACACUGGUCGAGGCGAAUCCAGAUCACCUGGUGGAGGUUUGGACGCAGCUGUGUCAGCCAGCGGAUGAGAACUGGGACGCGAGCGGCACGAGGAAACAGUGGCGCUUUGAGAGCAGCCGCUCGUACACCACUAUUUCUAAAUACGCACAGUACCAGGCUGCAUCUUUCCAGGAGUCGCUGCGGGAAGAGAAUGAGAAGAAAGGCCAGAAAGAACAUUCAGACUCUGAGAUGACCGGAUCAUCAGAACCUGUUUCUAGAAGAAAAGGUCCUUUCAAACAGAUCAAAUUUGGGACCAACAUUGACGUCUCUGAUGAAAAAAAGUGGAAGCUGCAGCUGCAGGAGUUGAGUAAACUGCCUGCAUUUGCACGGAUGGUCUCUGCAGGUAAUCUGCUCAGUCAUGUGGGUUACAGCAUUCUGGGGAUGAACACGGUCCAGCUCUUCAUGAAAGUGCCUGGCAGCAGAACAGCCGGUCAUCAGGAACACAACAAUUUCUGUGCGGUGAACAUCAACAUCGGGCCGGGGGACUGCGAGUGGUUCGCCGUUCCAGAGCCGUAUUGGGGCGUCAUGAGUGGAUUCUGUGGGAAGAACAACAUCAACUUCCUGAAGGGGUCAUGGUGGCCGAAUUUGGAGGAUUUGUAUGAGGCUAACGUGCCUGUGUACCGUUUCAUCCAGCGUCCUGGAGAUCUGGUCUGGUUGAACACAGGGACGGUCCACUGGGUCCAGGCCAUCGGCUGGUGCAAUAAUAUUUCCUGGAAUGUUGGCCCUCUUACAGCGUAUCAGUACAAGCUCGCUGUGGAACGCUACGAGUGGAACAAACUCCAGAGUGUCAAAUCUAUGGUUCCCAUGGUGCAUCUGUCCUGGAACAUGGCGAGGAACAUUAAAGUAUCCGACCACAAGCUGUUUGAGAUGAUUAAGUUCUGUCUUCUGCGGACGCUCAAACAGUGUCAGGCGAUAAAAGAGGCGCUGGUGGCCGCUGGGAAAGAGACGAUUUGGCACAGAAGAUGCCGAGAUGAACCGGCCCAUUUCUGCUCCAUCUGUGAGGUGGAGGUUUUCAAUCUUCUCUUCGUGACGAGCGACAGCUACUCCAAAAAGUCUUAUGUCAUCCACUGUCAGGAUUGCGCACGGAAGGGCAGCAGCGAUCUGGACGGUUUUGUUGUUUUGGAACAGAACAAGAUGGAUGAUCUCAUGCAGAUUUAUGACCAGUUCUCAUUAGCCCCUGCGCUGCAUUCUUCAUCUUGACAUUAAACGCUGUACGUGUGGAAAGUAUGGCAUUACAGGAACUCUAUAAACGGACCAUUUCUGAUAUUCAGGACAGUCGCGGCAGCGUCUCGCGUGGCUGGUGACCAUAGCUAACGUGCCGGACUGACGACUGAAGUGGCUGUGUGUCUAUGCAACCUGUUUAUAAACUGCAGCGUGUGGUUACGGCCUACAGGGGGUGGCGGAAGGCGAACGAUCGCCCCACAGACCUCCUCGUAAACGGGCUGCUCGCUUCUGCAUCACCAGGGAAAUGAAUCUGAGAAAAACGUGGAGGAAGUGAUGAGGAAAACGGUUUUGUACAUAUUGUCUCUCACAAAUGGCGUCGUCACUUAAAGACUACUGACUUCUUUUGUAUUUUGUAACGUUAUGAAAGUUGAAAUCUAUCUUCUGUCGAGGGUUUCACCUUCACGGGCGAGAACGCUAGCCGAGCUUUUUGUAAGGUAGCGAUAGCGAUUUUACCACGACUUUGGAUGGUAAAAUCUCCCAAAAAUUUGUAAUGUGAAGAAUUAGGUGAUAUAAUUUUUUACUGCUUUUAUCUGUCUUUACUUUGAAACUACGGUUGAUAUUUUGGUUUCUUGGUUAAGAAAAAGAAAAUUGUGGAAAAAAAUACAGCCAAGUCACAAAGAAAAACGAGUUGCACAUAGAAUAAAGUUGAAAUUGUGAUUGUUUUCCCCUCGUUUUUGUUUCUAAUCCUGAUGUACAUUUACACUAUUUAUAAAAUGCAUAUUUAUUGCUUGAAUAUCUUUGUGGAUGGAAUGCUGUUAUUUUUCCCAGAGUACCUGCCAUUCAAUUUGAAGGAGUUUAGUCAUUUAAACUACUCCUGCAUUUUCUAUAUAGAAUUAAACUGCUUAGUGUAAGCAUUGUACAGAUACUAUAAAAUUGUUUUAUUGUUUGAAGAAUGUUUAUGACUUAUUAAACAAGUUGUCAACA